CCACAGCCACAGGCAGUAGGCCUAGGGCAUGCUUCCUCCUGGUGGCCGCACAGGAGUUGCUAACUAUUCACCAUAUUUUAUUGUUGGGUCUACUUAUUUUAAAACAGUGGACAACAGAUACUAGGGUAAGUUAGACUUAAGCUGGGCAAUCACUGGACCGAUGGUCAUCGGCCGACGCGAUUCUGUGGAGAACGCGAAGAUCAUUUAUACUGUCACGCAACAGAUCAUUUUUAUUGACGAUUCAUUUAUACUGUCACCGACAAUCAGCAGACAGCAUCACAUCGUCUAACGUUUACAGGGAGAGGAGUUGGAUUUGUCAGCCUGCAUUGUACGAUGUGAAACAGCAAGAAUAGAUAAUCAAGAACCAAGAAUAUCCAAUGCCUUGACUUCAACUACCUGGUUCUUAACUAAAAAUGUCUUCAACUAGCACAAGGGUAUUUAAAGUUGGUAUUGGGAGAUUUGUACAGCAGGACUUCAACCAAAAAGGUUAUGUUCGUGCAAUGAGACUUGCUCUGUUACAUCAGUAUACCCGUUUAGCAGGCUUAAGGGUAUCGAUGAAAGAACACCAUGGACCCUUCUUCAAGAAUUAUACUUUCUUUAUUCGUCAUCAAUGGGCAAUGCUAAAUGAGGACAUUACCAGUGACAUGAUACCACAGCCUAUACAUGGACUGUAUUCUGUGACAUAUCUAGGUAGCUCCUCAUUUUUAUGCAAAUCUCAAAUAAUCUUAGAAAAACAGCAGAAAUGUAUCAGCACAUGUAUCGCACAAGCUGUCUGUGUUAGUCUUCAAAAUAGGAAACCUGUUCCAUUUCCAGUUGCAAUCAAAGAAAUAUAUUCAUAUGCUGCUCUGGGGGCUAGACCCCAGAUUGCUCCUUUACUAGCAACCCCAGAGCCUACACAACAGCAGAUCGGCAUCCAGAAGGCUUUUAUUGGUGAGACUGAUGUUGAUGAGAAUGGACACGCAAACAAUACUGCAUAUUUACAGUUUUGUAGCGAUGUUGCCAGAAAAGCUGCAACUGAUAAAAAGUUUACAUAUGUUACUCCUGAUAUACUAGAUUCUAGAUUAAAGGAGUAUACUAUUCAUUAUAUUGGUGAAACAGUGCAAGGAGAUGAAGUCACUUUCACUUCGUGGCAGGAUUUACAAAAUGAAUAUUUGCUUCAUUUCGAGGCAAAGAAAGAUGAUAGUGUUAUUAUUAGAUGUCAGUUUGAUUUUAAUCCAAAAUUGCAUUCUUCUCUAUGAAUUUGCAGUAAUGAAUGCUACAGUAAAAUGAGAGUCAAUUAGACAAUGAUAUAAAGGUAUCAUACUGAGGAACAACAAUUACAAAAUAAAGCACUCAACAUUGUAUUAAAAUUCAGUUUAAAAGAUGCUGACACAUUAAUUCUUAAUUCUGUUUCAGCAUGGUUUGGAAAAACCAAUGUUGAUAUCAAAAGCUCAGUAAAAAGUCAGAUUAAAUUUGCCAACCAAUGAAAACAAUGUUAUUUGCAGAAGUUGUUAAGACUAACAAAAACAAAAUUAAUAAAAUUUAUUGUAAAAUGGCUAAUUCCAGA